AUGUUAGCGCGUGAGAAUAUUAGUGGGAAGAGCUUAUGUAAGUGUGAGAAUGUCAGUGGUAAGCGCUUAUGUAAGCGUGAGAAUAUUAGCGGUAAGCACCUAUGUAAGCAUGAGAAUGUUAGUGGUAAGCGCUUAUGUAAGCGUGAGAAUGUCAGUGGUAAGCGCUUAUGUAAGCGUGAGAAUGUCAGCGGUAAGCGCUUAUGUAAGUGUAAGAAUGUUAACGGUAAGUGCUUAUAUAAGCGUGAGAAUGUUAGUGGUAAGCACUUAUGUAAGCAAGAGAAUGUUAGCGGUAAGCGCUUAUGUAAGCGUGAGAAUGUUAGCGGCAAGCGCUUAUAUAAGCGAGAGAAUGUUAGUGGUAAGCGCUUAUGUAAGCGUGAGAAUGUUAGCGGUAAGCGCUUAUGUAAGCGUGAGUGUAUUAGUGGUAAGCACUUAUAUAAGCGUGAGAAUGUCAGCGGUAAGCGCUUAUGUAAGCGUAAGAAUGUUAGCGGUAAGCGCUUAUGUAAGCGUGAGAAUGUCAGCGGUACGCGCUUAUGUAAGCGUGAGAAUGUCAGUGGUAAGCGCUUAUGUAAGCGUGAGAAUGUCAGCGGUACGCGCUUAUGUAAGCGUGAGAAUGUCAGUGGUAAGCGCUUAUGUAAGCGUGAGAAUGUCAGCGGUACGCGCUUAUGUAAGCGUGAGAAUGUCAGUGGUAAGCGCUUAUGUAAGCGUGAGAAUGUCAGCGGUAAGCGCUUAUGUAAGUGUAAGAAUGUUAACGGUAAGUGCUUAUAUAAGCGUGAGAAUGUUAGUGGUAAGCACUUAUGUAAGCAAGAGAAUGUUAGCGGUAAGUGCUUAUGUAAGCAUGAGAAUGUUAGUGGUAAGCGCUUAUGUAAGCGUGAGAAUGUCAGUGGUAAGCGCUUAUGUAAGCGUGAGAAUGUCAGCGGUAAGCGCUUAUGUAAGCGUGAGAAUGUCAGCGGCAAGCGCUUAUGUAAGCAUGAGAAUAUUAGCGCUAAGCGCUUAUGUAAGCGUGAGAAUGUUAGUGGUAAGUGCUUAUGUAAGCGUGAGAAUGUUAGCGGUAAGCGCUUAUAUAAGCGAGAGAAUGUUAGUGGUAAGCGCUUAUGUAAGCGUGAGAAUGUUAGCGGUAAGCGCUUAUGUAAGCGUGAGUGUAUUAGUGGUAAGCACUUAUAUAAGCGUGAGAAUGUCAGCGGUAAGCGCUUAUGUAAGCGUAAGAAUGUUAGCGGUAAGCGCUUAUGUAAGCGUGAGAAUGUCAGCGGUACGCGCUUAUGUAAGCGUGAGAAUGUCAGCGAAGAACCGAACAACAAAAGAUCUAAAAAUGGAAGCAAUAAUACAAGGACAACACCUCUAAAACAACACGAGAAUUGGAACUGGACCGAAGCAACAGUUGGAGCAGAACAACAACAGGACCAGAGAAGCAGGAAGACUGAACAAGUGGAAGGACUGGAACAACAACAGGACCAGAGAAGCAGGAAGACUGAACAAGUGGAAGGACUGGAACAACAACAGGACCUGAGAAGCAGGAAGACUGAACAAGUAGAAGGACUGGAACAACAACAGGACCAGAGAAGCAGGAAGGCUGAACAAGUAGAAGGACUGGAACAACAACAGGACCAGAGAAGCAGGAAGACUGAACAAGUGGAAGGACUGGAACAACAACAGGACCAGAGAAGCAGGAAGGCUGAACAAGUGGAAGGACUGGAACAACAACAGGACCAGAGAAGCAGGAAGGCUGAACAAGUGGAAGGACUGGAACAACAACAGAACUGA